AUGCCUAAGGAAGUCAAGUCCCGCGCCACCAAGGUAGGUUUUCGAAUUGUCCCCGGCCUCUUGGCCUUGUGGCCGCUUGGUCGCUGGCACCCUUGGCAUAUUUUGGCUCGUGUUUGGAACGCGCAGGCUGACCCCUGUUUCGCCACGCGUCGCCCUCCUUCGUCCAAUCUGCACCGUUACCCACAGGUCGACACCAAGUCCGGCAAGGCCAAGAAGGACCCCAACGCCCCCAAGCGCCCUCUUUCCGCCUACAUGUACUUCUCGCAAGAGAACCGCAACACAGUCAAGGAUGACAACCCGGACGCCUCUUUCGGUCAGUCAAUUUUCCAUACGGACCCACUUCUUCGGACAGUUGCUAUCACAUAUGAGCCUUGUGCUAACGCCUUUGGACUCAUCAUGCUUCUAGGUGAUCUCGGCAAACUCCUCGGUGCCAAGUGGAAGGACAUGUCGGACGACCAAAAGAAGGUCCGCAUGCGUGUCCAAGUCGAUCGCGUCGUGGAUUGCUUGCUGACACCGACUUCCAUCGACGUCUGUCAAUGCAGCCUUACAACAAGAAGGCCGACGACGACAAGACCCGCUACGAGCGCGAGAAGGCGUCCUACGACGCCCGCGCUUAA